AUGGAGAUAUUAACACGAUCCGACAAGUCAACACCAAUCUCUUUUCUCCAGACAAUCAUCAAACCAUUCCGCCCUUAUCUAAUCAAACCAAAGAAGGAGUUGCCAGCCGGAUCACCCUACCUCGACGUCCACAAGACCGCNAAAAAGCGCUGCAAUGUGACCGAACGACAAGUAGAAGGGAUAUGGCUCUACGACAUGAAACCCAAAGCNCCCUCGGCGACAAAAGAGGCCACCGUGACGAAGAGGAGGAAUAUAAUAUACUUUGCAGGCGGAGGUUGGCAAAUGCCACCGAGUCCCGAGCACUGGAAACUCUGCGCUGAGCUAUGCCAUCGGGUGCCGAACACAGUUGUGACGAUUGUAUCUUACCCCCUGGCGCCAAACUCGCCUGCCAAAGAGUCAUUGCCCAUGUUGGAAAGACUAUACCCAUACCUCUUACCGGUCACCGAGGCGGAAAAAGAAACGACAGAAACCAUCUUUGCUGGUGACUCUGCAGGAGGAAACGUAGCUUUGGGGUUGGUAGUCAAGGUUCUGUCAUCAACGCCCUCGGUACCGGUACCCCAAAAACUGGUCUUGAUAUCUCCAGCGGUUGAUCUGAGGAAACAGCCAGUGCCUUCAUCACCAUUUGAGAACCAGUUGGUCGCAGCGGACAAAAAGGAUCCGCUUUUGGGUAUUAAGUUUACGAAUGGUACAGCGGAGAAUUGGAGUCGUGGGGCUGAUGCUGAGGCACUUUGGAUCUCGCCUGUACUGGCGGAUGUGGGUGUGUUCAGGGAGAGNGGAGUCGCGAUUUACGGCGUUACUGCAGGCGCGGAUGUGCUGGCACCACCGGCGAGACAUUUUGCAGAGCUUUGUAAGGAGCAGGGCGUUGCAGGUAGAUGGCUGCAUUGGGAGGGCUUGAUGCAUUGUUUUGUAUUGGCAUGGACCUAUGGGAUCAAAGAGGGCAAGGAAGGAUUAGAGUGGCUGGUCAAGGUCUUGGAAGAGUAA